AUGCUCGGCAAAGAAUACCUCACACGUAGACCCGCAUUUCUCUUUCUGAAACUGACCCACCCAGAGCGGAGAAGGAGAAGAUUACCCUCCGUCGUGCUCAUGCUUAUGGUGUCCUCUCCGGAAUCGACAACUUCGUUUUUCGGUGGGAUCGCAUCUCGGGUUGAUGUUCAGGAUAGGAAGGUCAAUACCGGCACAAGCAUGUUCAUCUGGCGCACUACGCUCGAGAGUGAUUCGAGAUGGGCGGAUGAGCAGACAAGUCGUGUUGCCGUAGUUCCUGUCCUCGAUGCAGUGCCAUUAACCUACAUGAUUACGCUACAUAGUACGCAGCUUUAA